AUGUCAUCUUCGGCCCAGCCCUUUGGCUCAUGUAACGAGAAAGAGUUCGUAGAACAAGCUGUUGGAAUCUGCGAGAAGAUAUUUUACAUUGGACUGGCAAAGAAUCUUACUGCAGAUUGCCGCUCGGUGCAUGCGCAGCUUUCAACAUGUUUUGUAAAAAAGACCCGUCAGUGCCUCGCAGGACACCUCAGUGAGGAACAAAUAGACAAUGUCGUCAACAAAACAGCACUGCUCUUAAAGAAAACUGGCUCGGCUCAGUGGUACUGCUCCAAUAAACCUACCAAUAUGUCAUCUCUGGAUCCAGACUUGAGGCAGCUUUUACCUUGCAGCGAUAAACUUUUCAGUGAGGGACACAAAUGUACUAAAGACUUCCGCGAGAUCUUCAACACGAAGAGGAAUGACCCCCGACUGUGCCGAGCUUUUUCUGCAGCCAGGAAAUGUACACAAUCAGUUUUUGAUCGUUACUGUAACGGUAGCAUUGAGGUACCAACUGAAAACCAGUUCAAUCCGUUUUGCAAUAACACCGGAAAUACAACUGCAGUGGCGUAUCAAGCCUCAGAAACCCCAGAGACCAACGAAAAUUGCACGCAAACAGUAUUUAAUGGCCACAACGACACCAUGCUAGUACCAACGCAGAGCCGGUUCAAUCAGUUUUGCAAUAACACUAGAAAUGGGACCACAGUCGUGUAUCAAGCCUCGAGAAGCCCAGAAAUCAACGGUGCACGCAGGAACAUAAAAUUGCUUUCCAGGAUGUUUAGAGUCACUCUCGCCGUGAUACAUUUAAACUAUGAUUUUGUGAUAAAGGGUUUGGGGUCGAACUGAAGAAUUGGAACCUGGACUGAAACUUAGAAAAAUUUGAUGUCAGAUUUUGGAC